UUGUAUUAAUAAUUGUGAUGGUAGGUUAGAAGAAGCUAAAUUGAGGGCAGAAUAUUGUACAGCAAACAAGACAAAGUUAUGCUGUGCAUAUUUGGAAAAGUGUGAAAAUUUUAAAAAAUCGUUUCCUAAAGAUAUAGUUGAAGAAAUUCUUGCUUUACCAGUGCCUGAAGACAAAAUUAAUAUUGAUAGUGAAUCUAUUCCAAUUAAACGACAAAGAUCUUCUACUUCGACAGUAUCAAGCAUUAAUUCUAUAUCUUCCAAUUCAAUG